UUGGCCGCUAGUAACCGCGACGAUCGACUUUCUAAAAUGACGAAAUCUGGGUACUAUUUGUGUUACAUUAGUUUGAUAGGUGAGUGCGAUUCGCGCGGUUGCUUUUUCCUCUCUCCCAAAAAUAAAAACGAUCCUGUAUCGUGAGGAAACAUCGCGACAACGCCAAACGUAGAGUGCGCGCCCCCCUCCCGUCAACAGUGAUUAAAGUUAGGUUAGGUGUUGUUUGUUGAACGAAAUUCUUUUUUUAACGAAAUCGGAUGCUGCUCAGUUGCGCAGGUUUUCAAUCAUAAUGGCCUGCCAUGUUCGGUGGAGUCGGACGGAAAUCGUCUAACGUGAGAGCGAUGCAGUUAUUCCACGAGUUAAAACAACAAUUUCCAACGUUACCAGAUCACGUGGUUUCCACUUGCAUCGCGAGCCACUCGUCGAAAAUUAAUAAAAAGGUGCUGAUCGAGUCUUUGGAGGACGCGUUGGCGCAACAAGAGCUAAUGGGACGGAUUCAACCCCCGCAGGACAUCGACCUGCCCUCACCAACCACCGAAAUCACCUCCCACCAUCAAACGCAAGAUUUUCCCGGUGAAAAUCUCAACUUGAAAAUCACCACCGAAUCGUUACAGGGUGGCCCCUUUAAUAGGCUAAUCAAAAAUCAAAACGAGAUAAUGAGUGGUGUUAAAUAUAAUAAAAAGAACGAGAGUGUUGAGGCGGAGUGCGGUUCGGAGUUGAAUGUCGGAAAUAGUUCGUUUUAUGUAAAACGACCAAACACUUUAAAUUUAAACACCUCCAAACAGUCUCAGGAACGUUUUAAUAACAUUCAACCAAGUGGAAAGUGUAGUGAUGUUCAUAAAUUAUUAAAUUCUGAGUUGGUUAAUAAACCCCCGAGGUCGCCCCAAAGCAAUAAAAGGUUCACCAACGUUAAAAAUUCACCAACUAAAACAUCCCCAACAAAAUCUCCAAUAAUCGAAAAAAAAGAAACCGCGGAUACCCCAACACAAACGACAGACACCCUUUUGGGGCUCCAAAAAAAUGUUUCCCCAAACAUGAACGUUUCAUUAAACGUUAAUUGUUCGAUGGACGUACAAACCCCAACCAACAAAACGAAAUGUACAACAUCGUUACAAGUCGUUCCCCAACAACCGUGGUGCCAAGAAGUUACAUCUCCAAGAAGCUUCACCAGCGUUAAUUUAACGUUGAGGCCCCCAUCUUCGGAACCUCAACCCCCCAUUGAUAUUACAUCACAAAAUUCAAGUCUAACAUAUUCCACAAGUAGUUUUGAUCCGCAAAAGGGAUUACAAAGUAAAGUGCAAAUUACCGUUGGGCCAAGUGGAGGGAGAGUUUCUUCAAUGAGAACGAGACCGAGGAGUAGUUAUCAUCCUGAUGAAAAUAAUCUUGAAAGUAUAUUACCUGCAAAUAGAGCGGGGUCUAUGACGGAUUUGCGUAAUAAUAAUAAUAGUACGGAAAAUCACGAAGAAGUUCCAAUAGUUGUUAAACAACAAAUUCGAAUAAAUAACUUAGAAGUAGAACUGAAGACUGAAAAAUGUCGACUGAUUGCGAUGCAGCGGGAAGUAGCCUCUUUAGAAACGAAUCAACCCAACACUUUAACUAAAAACCAAGAAAAAAGUCAAGUUCAACAACUUGAAGAGGAAGUUAAAGAGUUACAAGAAGCCUGUAAGAAGCUUACGCAAGAAAUCGAUCGGCAUACAGAACAAGAAACAAUUCCUCCUGUUGAAAGGAGACCCCCACCGCCGCCUUUGUAUCAAGAUCAAAGAGGUGGUACCCCUUUAGGUUUGGGUUUUCCUACGGAACAAGUUACAACACCCCAACAGCAUCCUCCGUAUGUUCUUCAACACCAACAAAGUUUCGGUAAUGAUGGCCCCAAAUGGAGCUGUCAUAUGUGUACAUUCCAGAACCACCCAUUGCUGGACAGGUGUGAGCAAUGCGAUAUGCCGCGGAUUCUCCAUGUAUCAGCGGCUCCUGGUGAUAAUAUUCAUAUACAUGUUACACCCAGAAUAUCGAGACGUAAGAAUCUGAGUGGUUUUUUCGUUGUCGAGUUAACUAAUUUUCCACAUAACCUCAAUUUAUUUUACUUAACCUAUCAUAAUUAUUUGACUUAAUCUGUCAAAUUUGACUUAACCUGUCAAUUUGUGUUAUAACCUAAAAUUAAAAAAAUUAAUUAUUAAUAAAUCUUUUUUAAUUUAGUACACAGAGUACAAAGGUACUCUGUGAUUUAGGAAUAGUGCAUUCUUGAGUUCUUUAGUGAUUCGAGAAGCCAAAUUCCUAAAUUUUCCACAUAACCUCAAUUUAUUUUACUUAACCUAUCAUAUUAUUUGACUUAAAAUCUGCCAAUUUGUGUUAUAACCUAAAAUUAAAAAAAAUAAUUUAUUUAAUUAUUAAUAAAUCUUCUUUAAUUUAGGAAUAGUGCAUUCUUGGGUUCUUUAGUGAUACGAGAAGCCAAAUCAAUAUAAGACUAAAUUCCUAAAUAUCCCCCAAAAACGAGGGAGAUAGAAAAAAGGAUUUUCGAAAAGCAAAAAGAAGCAACAGUGAUGAUUUUUUUUAAUUUUAUUAUUUUUUAUUUA